GCAGAGCGCAAGACACAAAACUAAAUUAUGGGGAAAGUGGAGUAAAAAGAAGGCUUCCGAAUGUGAGAUUUUUAGGUGGGCUAAGGAGCAGGUGUCCAGAGAGAGACCUUGUUCCAACACUAGGGGCUUAAUAGUGGGAUGUGAAAACCUAACCCCCCCCCCCCCCUACACCCACCCCCUACUUUCUGCCUCUGAGAGGGAGGGGAUCUCUUUAGGUUUGGCUCUUUAUUUCUGUGGUGGAACAAGUCUAUCUUCCAACGUCAGGGAGGUCAUUAAUAACCAAUUAGGAGGGUCACUGAAAGCCAUAUAUAGAGGGUAGGGGCUUAGGGAAAGGAGGAUUCUGGCAAGUCUACUGUUUGGAAGAGGUAGACGAGGGGGGUCUCUCUGUGUCUCUAGCUCUCUCUCUCUAUCCAGCAAACUCUCCCACUACAGUCAGACCUGGUGGAAAGCUCAAGGUGGGCUCCCACAGCUAUAUAAUUGUGGUACCUGCGUUUGGUUCCCUUUGGCGUCCGCUUGCCAAUACUCUCAGGCAGAAUUCAUGAUGGGCUCGGUGCUGCCAGCUGAAGCCUUGGUGCUGAAGGGUGGCCUCAAACAGCCAGGACUCUCCUUGGCAGAACUGAUCACCUCGGACAUCCUACACAGUUUCCUCUAUGGGCGCUGGAGAAACGUCUUAGGGGAGCAACUGUUUGAGGAGAAGAACAAUCACAUCAGCCCCAAAACUGCCUUCACCGCAGAGGUCCUAGCACAGUCCUUCUCGGGGGAAGUCCAGAAGCUCUCCAGCUUGGUGUUGCCCUCUGAAGUCAUCAUAGCCCAGAGCUCCAUUCCUGGUGAGGGACUGGGCAUCUUCUCCAAGACCUGGAUCAAAGCUGGCACAGAGAUGGGUCCUUUCACUGGCAGAGCCAUUUCUCCAGAGCAUGUGGAUCUGUGCAAGAACAACAACUUGAUGUGGGAGGUGUUUAAUGAAGAUGGCACCGUACGUUAUUUUAUUGAUGCCAGCCAAGAGGACCAUCGCAGUUGGAUGACAUACAUCAAGUGCGCACGGAACGAGCAAGAGCAGAACUUGGAAGUUGUGCAGAUCGGGAACAGCAUCUUCUACAAAGCCACUGAGACUAUCCCACCGGAUCAGGAGUUGUUGGUUUGGUAUGGAAACUCCCUGAAUAGCUUUCUUGGAAUCCCCGGGGUACCAGGAAUGGAAGAGGAACAGAAAAAGAACAAGAAUGAGGAUUUUGGAAGCGUGGACUCCACCGGGCCAUCGCUAGCAAGCCGCAUGCGUUGUGUCAUUUGUCACCGUGGCUUCAAUUCCCGCAGUAACCUGCGAUCCCACAUGCGCAUCCACACACUGGACAAGCCCUUUAUCUGCCGUUUCUGCAACCGCCGCUUCAGCCAGUCCUCUACCCUGCGUAACCAUGUCCGCCUGCACACUGGAGAGCGCCCAUACAAAUGCCAGGUGUGCCAGAGCGCUUACUCGCAGUUGGCUGGCUUGCGGGCUCAUCAGAAAAGUGCCAGGCAUCGCCCACCCAGUGGUUCCUUGCAGGCCCACUCUCCAAACUUGCCAGUGCCACACCAUGCCACUCUGGCACACCACAUUCCAACCAUGGUGCUGUGAAGACCAUGCCCACUGCACUGAAUUUGAACCCCCAGCUUCAAUAUGGACUGUGCUGUUGGGUAUUGGAUGGAGCUGCCAUGUCUGUUUAUGUUAAUUCUGCAGGUGGCCAAUGGGAGUUACCAGGCCCUCAAGCCUUUGGGAAGAUGGCCUGUUUCACACAGGGGUCCUCCAGCAAAUCCUGUUAGCUGACGUUCACGUCCCCCCCUUGUAUAAAAGCUUUAUAUAAAUAAAUAUAUAAAUAAAUAUAUAUAUAAAUAUCUUAUAAAAAACACAAAGAAAUGAACGUAUAUUACCUCUAAUGUAUAUGUAUUGGGUUUUAACCUCGGAAUGGGAAAAAAUUAAACCAAACGAGUCACUUUAUUUCUGUAUAUAUGUACAACCUGCCGUCCCCCAUGAAAUGUAUAAUAUUUGUAAGAAAUUUCUACCUUUCUGUAGUGAUCACUUAUUCCAAAAUAAAGGAGCAAAAAUUUA